CGUCCGCACACGAUCAGCCCCGACGGGGGGCAGAAGCCCCCAGCUGGCUGGCCGGCUGGCACCAAGCGAGCACGGGGGGUCUGCUCGUGAAGCGAGGCGUAGCGCGUGGCGUCGGCGGCUCCGGGCAUUGGGAUGCGCGGCGUGGGGAACGGCUGAUGGCGAGCGAGCGCCCACUGCUCUCUCCUCACCAGCUGGAGCUGCGCGGCGUGACGCUGGCGGAGGGAACGGAUGAUGACGCGGACGUGGAGUUCCUCGCGGAAAUCAUGGACAUCAACGAGAGGCUGGCAGAUCCUGAAGACAAGGCUGGCUUACAAGAGCUGGAAAGCUUAAUUGCAGCUAAGCAAGAACAACUGAUCACAGACGUGAACCAGGCUUUUGAAAGAGAUGAUCUUCAAGAAGCCAAGAAGCUGCUAGCCAAAAUGAAAUAUUUUGCAAACUUGGAGGACAAGGUCAAGAGCAAGAAGAUUCCAUCUUGAUAUCACAUUCUUAAGCACUGAGAGAUGAUACAGCUCUUAAUUUAAAAAGUGACUGUUUCUGAUUCAGUAAUUAAAAGCAGCACAAUAGCGUGCCUCUUGAUUUCUGCCAUGUAGUAAGUCUCCAGGCAGAAGGCCUGCGUGAAAGAUCCAGUACCUGCCUUAGCAUCAGUUGGAAACUUUGGCAGGAGGUGUAAAACUAGUCCAGACUCAACAGCAGCGUGUAAGCUGUGGUAGGUGUUUACAGGCGAGGAAAUGAAAAGUCAGUGGAGAACAUAAAUGAUGAUUGUAAGGAAUUAAGAAAUUGAGUCUAAUAAAAUAUGAAGGUGUGUUAAUGGUUAAUUUAGACUUGAGGUAAAAAUGCUGGCUGGACAGGCAUGGAAAUGAAGCACAAGGCUCUUUCAGAAAACAGGUGAUGUACUCAAAGUGAGGGGUGCUAUCUUCCACCUGUCUUGGAAGAAAAUAAAUGUAUGGGGAUGAGAGAAGUGUGCAUAGAUUCUUACUAACCAGAAACCAGACAGAGUCAGAUGAGCUACGCAAAGGUUACCACACAACCGGAAAGCUGACAACUUCUAUAUUUUGCUGACGCACACUAGAUUGAUUUCAACUAGAAAUCUAGAGGAUUUGUCUAAUACCCUUAGACAUCCCCCUAAUACACUUGAGCAGUAGUUUUUAAAAAAUCAUUUCGUUCUUCAGGUACUCAAAUGGUCUGUUGCUUUCAUUCCAGUGGGAGAAAUUGGAUGCGUCUACGUUGUGCUCUUACAAGAGUAGUGCUGUGUAGGAAGAAUAUCAAAUAGGCCAGGACUUAUCAUUUGCAUUUGAAAAAAAAAAAGUGUUAUCCAUUGAGUAUUUCAAUUAACAGAUGUUUGGUGUGGCCAUUAUGUAAUGCACAAGGUGCUAGUCUCACAGCAUAAAGGCUAUAUUUUGUUCUAAUUCUUCCAGCCACAUCCUUGUUCAGUGCUGGUCAAAAACAAGCUCUUCCUAUUACUUUGCAUCAGGAGCUAAUAUGUUCAGAAUGUGAAGCUGGGCCACACGAUCCAAUGAAAGUACCACAAAAUUUCCAAUAAACCAAAAAUCGACUGAGGCGGGUCACCAGGACCUAUUUUCAUAAAGACAACAGCCAUACCUUUAAACAUUUUUAUUGAAUUGUCUUUUUUGUAUAUAGUAUUGUAUACACAUUUUUUAGUUUCUUAUGCUACUUCAGCAAGCUUCAUCUGUCUUAUAAUUAUAUUUCACCUGAUGAUGAUACUACUAGCUGCCUGUAAAUACAAUAUUUCAGCAUUAUGUUUCGCUGUCUAAUUUAUAAAAC